AUGAGGUGGUCUUCGUUCGUGUCUGUAUCGGCAGUCCUGUCGACAACUGCAGCGGUAGUGCCCUUCACACAUGGCGUCCACGAGCAACGCGAUGUUCACUCCUCCCGAUGGACGAAGCUGGGCCGUGUAAGGCCUGAAGCUAUCCUACCAGUACGAAUCGCUCUAGCACAGAACAAUCUCGAUAAGGGCCAUGAGUAUCUGAUGGACGUAAGCCAUCCUUACUCUCCCAACUAUGGAAAACACUGGACUGCCGACGAAGUGAUCGAAGCGUUCAAACCAAACGAUGCAGAUGUUGAAGUCGUCCGGGAUUGGCUUGUGGGGUCUGGGAUUCCUGUCGAGACCAUCACUCAUUCGGAUAAUAAAGCAUGGCUAGCAUUCCACGCCUCAACCAGCGAGGUCGAAAAACUCUUGUACACCGAAUACCACGAAUACCAAGACCGCCGCACAGGUGGCGUGAUGCCCGCCUGCCACGCCUACCACGUCCCCAAAAACGUCCAACCCCUGAUCGACUACAUCACCCCCGGCAUCAAACUCCUCGCGCCCACCGACGAGCUCACAGAGCAAGGCCGACAACUCCUGGAGAAGCGUGGCUACCCAGCCCCUCCAGGCUCCGGGUACCCCCCCGGCAAGCCCGCGCCCAAGCGCGCGACGAAAUGGCGUCCGAGCCCCCCGGGAUAUUCUUUAACGGCCCAUGGAGGCCACAAUCAGUCAGACUUGAGUACGUGUGAUGUUGUUAUCACGCCGGCGUGUGUGGCGGCACUGUACCACAUCCCGCCGGCGCCCGAGCAUGUGGAUCCGAGUAAUACGAUGGGGAUUUUUGAGGCUGAAUUGCAGUAUUGGGAUCAGCUUGAUCUUGACUUGUUUUUCACGAAUUUCACGCACUGGAUUCCGAAUGGUACGCAUCCGAUUGAUCACAAUGUUGAUGGCGGUGUGGCGCAGACGGCGAAUGUGUCUGAGGCAGGUGGUGAGUCGAUGAUGGAUCUUGAGCUUGCGUACCCCAUCGUAUAUCCUCAAACGAUCACGGUCUGGAAUGUCGACGACAUUCAUUACCAGACCUGGGAAAAUGAUACGUAUACCUGGGGCUUCAAUACGUUGCUCGACGCCAUUGAUGGAUCGUACUGCACCUACUCAGCGGAUGGAGAGACUGGUGACUUGGCCAAUUGGGAUCCAACGUACCCUGAUCCAGGUCCAGACGGCUACAAUGGCAGUCUCCAAUGCGGCGUCUUCAAACCCACCAACGUCUUCUCCAUCUCCUACGGCGGGCAAGAAGCCGAAGUGCCCAUCGCAUACCAGAAACGCCAAUGCAACGAAUACCUCAAGCUCGGCCUGCAGGGCGUCUCGUUCCUCUUCGCGUCCGGUGACUCCGGCAUAGGGAACUACCCCGAGCCGUACGGCGACGAUGGCCCCACUGGCUGCCUGGGACCGGAGCACAACAUCUUCAAUCCCACGUGGCCGAAUAAUUGCCCGUACGUUACAAAUGUGGGCGCGACGAAGGUGUACCCGGGAAAGACGGUCUUCGAGCCCGAGAGUGCGGUUUACGACCCAGCCGGACAUCCUCACGGCGUCAAUUAUAGCUCGGGCGGCGGGUUCAGUAACGUCUACCCUAUCCCGGACUACCAGAAGUCGGCCGUGGCAGCUUACUUCGCCGACCACGACCCAGGCUACCCAUACUACAGCGGUCUCGCACAGCUCGACCCAGGCGACGUCUAUGCUCUCCCCAACGUAACCCUUCUCGCGGGAAACACGGGGGGGAUCUACAACCGCAUCGGCCGCGGGAUCCCGGACGUCGCAGCCAACGGUGACAACAUUGCCGCCUGCGCCGGAGGCGAGUUCGGCCUCUCGAGAGGCACGAGCGCGUCGGCGCCCAUCUUCUCUGGGAUCAUCAACCGCAUCAACGAGGAGCGGAUUGCGGUGGGCAAGGGCCCGCUGGGGUUCUUGAACCCGGCGUUGUAUGCCCAUCCGGAGAUAUUAAAUGAUAUCACGAACGGCACGAAUCCGGCGUGCGAUGAGGGAGGGUUCUACGCGGUGAAGGGCUGGGACCCAGUGACGGGGUUGGGGACGCCGAAUUUCCCCAAGAUGUUGGCAUUUUUUAUGGGUUUGCCGUAG